CUUUACUACGCUCCACAGCCCAUGCUAUUUCAUUUGUAGCGAUCGCUUCAGCAUACUCAGAAUCCCUUAUUGCAGCUGCAUCUCUGCUGCUCUGGUUUGGAUUCAGCUCGUUUUGUUUUCCAGAUCACUAUGAAUCAAGAGAAGCUUGCCAAACUUCAAGCUCAGGUCCGAAUAGGAGGAAAGGGGACUGCUCGCAGGAAGAAAAAGGUUGUUCACAAAACGGCGACAGCUGAUGAUAAGAAGCUGCAGGGCUCGCUGAAGAAGCUGGCAGUGAACAACAUCGCAGGGAUAGAGGAGGUGAAUAUGAUAAAAGACGAUGGGACGGUGGUUCACUUCAACAACCCCAAAGUUCAGGCUUCUCUGUCGGCCAACACCUUCGCCAUCACAGGCCACGCCGAGACCAAACAGCUGACGGAGAUGCUGCCGGGCAUCCUGAGCCAGCUGGGAGCCGACAGCCUCAGCAGCCUGCGCAAACUGGCCGAGCAGUUCCCACGGCAAUCAAUGGAGCUGAAAACUGUCAAAGAAGAGAACGCGGAAGAGGAAGACGAUGAUGUACCAGAUCUUGUGGAGAACUUUGAUGAAGCAUCCAAAAAUGAAGCAAACUGAUGAAUUUGUCUUCAUCAGUUGGGUGUUUUUUUUUUGUUUUGUUUUUUUUUUUAAUACAUUUUCUUUUUUUUUAAGUUUUGCAGACUUGCAAAGGUCAUUUCCUCUGGUGGGGAAACCAUUUAAGGUGCAGUGCAUCACUUAUAAAGAAGUGAAUCACUUUAGCGUUGCUAUCUGCAGAAAUCCUCAUAUAGAAACGGUUCUGGUAGAAAGUGCGACUGUGGCAUCUAUAAGGCUCUCGUCACAAAUGGCUAAAAACUUCUACAGAAAUAAGCUUUUUAUGCGAUGAAACACAGCUGGUAUUUAAGAGAUUCUUUAUUAAAUGAUGAUUUAAGUAAAGUGGAUGAUGUGCUUGACAUUGUAACGAGGGUUAUGGAUUUAAUAAAAACAAUUUUUGGGCUAUUGUUC